GAAGAUCCAAUGUCAGUGCUAGGGAAGCUUCCUCGGUUAAACACCCUAAGGCUUUUUGCUGGCUCUUAUGUUGGGUCCAAAAUGACUUGUCCUGCUCUUCAGCACUUUCCUGUACUUCGUGUCUUGAAAUUGUGGAGUCUAGAGGAACUAAAGGAGUGUACAGUGGAACAAGGUGCCAUGCCCCAACUUGUAGAAUUAGAAAUUAGAGGUUGCAAAAAACUGGAAAAGACCGACGGAUUAGAGCAUCUGCCUGCCCUGAAGGAAUUGAUUUUAACAAACAUGACGGAGGAUUUUGUGGCAGAUGUUAGAAGAAGGUUGGGCAGAGACAAAUUAAUCAGUAGGACUCUUUCUACCUCGCAUAAUUAGAGCUUGUGGAGGCGGGAUUCUG